AUGAAUGAUUGUUCGCUUUGUGCACUGCACAUGCCCCAGUCGUACCAUCCGGAGAAAGUCAUCGAUGCAACACGCUCGCAACUUAUUCCAAAUCUCCCGACACCUUAAAUCUCGGCCUUGCACUGCAUUCAUCUCUGUAUCGACUUCAACUCUCCAACGCCCCAUUUCAAACCACAGUAUCCCUCGGAUCGUUCUCAAGGCACGCCCUUUCUCACACGGUCCUGCGCCCUCGUCGUCCUCACGUACACCCGCAUCCAAAAUGGCAUCCGCCACCACCUUUUUCGAUUUUACGCCGAAAGACAAGCGUGAUCAAGAGUACCCCCUUGCUCAGCACAAAGGAAAGGUGAUCCUCGCCGUCAACACCGCCUCCAAAUGCGGCUUCACCCCUCAGUUCGCCGGCCUCGAGUCCUUGUGGAAGAAGAUUUCUGAGAAAUACCCGGAUCAAUUCGUCAUCAUCGGUUUCCCUUGCAACCAAUUCGGUGGUCAAGAUCCCGGCUCGAAUGAUCAAAUUCAAGAGUUCUGUCAGCUCAACUAUGGUGUUACAUUCCCGGUGCUGGGCAAGACAAACGUCAAUGGUGAUCAUGCCGAGCCAGUGUUUGAAUGGAUGAAGUCGGAAAAGCCAGGCCUGCUGGGUCUGAAGAGGGUCAAGUGGAAUUUUGAAAAGUUCUUGAUCGGCCGCGAUGGAAAGGUCGUCCAGCGAUGGGGCAGCAUGACCAAGCCGGAAAGCAUUGAGAAGGAGAUUAUCCAAGAAAUUGAGAAAUCCAAGUCGGGAUGAUUGAGUUCAAGCCGGCUUUAUUUGUACAGCAAUCACAAGAGAUACCCAGAUAACUCCUGCUCCUAGUAUUUGGGCGGUGGCCCUGAACCUUCGACUGGAUUUUCAAGAUCAGGUACACGAUAUUGUGGCGGGACCUGCCCUUGAGAUCGUUCAUGUUUGUGCCCAGAGACCGCAAAUUCCAGCUCCAUCUCGUCGUCGAUAGCCUUGUGUUGUGCCGCCUCUUCUGCCUUUCUCUUGAUGCGUUGCUUCCUGACAAUGACAAACAGAACAAUUCCCAGGAGAAAGAAAAGACUAUAUCAUGGUCAGUCUCUCAUGUUUGUACACGUAGAGGUGUUACUUACGUCAAGCCGAUGAUAAGAGGUAUGACAGUCGUCUGGAAAGUAGUGGUGUAUUUCUCGCAGAUGUCGUCCGUGUCAUUGGGGUUGACGCAUUUUCUCUUCCACAACAUGGUGUUUGUUUGUAUGUAGGCGGUAUCGGGAGUACUUCGGUUAUGCUGGCUGAAUAGACUGGAGAUUGUAAGGAAAGACAAGUCUAUUUGACGUGCUCGAUCUUCGGAGGAUUAAAGAGACAUGAAUGAGAGUGGCUAGGUAGGAGGGAAAGUGAUGUUUCAAAACAAAGAGUGUCCUAUGCGGCGGGCGUGAGGUUCAUCACAAUGAAGUGAAUUGGGGGUUUACCUGGUGGUCCGAAACAGGAGUGUCCCGGGCAAUGACAGGUACGUGCACGGGGUCGAGCCCUUUGAAGGCGUGGGUUUCGUAGUACGGAGUACGGGUACAGUGAUAGCCGAUUGUAGCCCCCAGACUGGCGCCCCAUAGUAGAUCGAGACCCCCUAAU